AUGGGAAGCAAACGCGACGAAGGCCACCCCUUUGCGAGGGCGCAACGCCCUUCGAUCGUGUCUCACCACUCGAACUCGGUGCCUUCCACGCCUCUACAGAAUGCCCGCCAGUAUGAGUCGCGAUCACGAUCGCCGUCUCCUAGUGGCGGUCUCGGUAGCCAUUCGCCUCGUUCAGUGUCGUCCGAAGCCAAUCCUGCCAUCCCGCCCAUACGCAUUGGACGCACCCUACGAUGCAAAUACGAGACUAGCACCCAGUUUGGAAGGAGGCGAAUGCCAUAUGACUCGUCCGAUAUUCUUGACAAGGCCAAGGAUAAGCCGAAGAACUCGUUAGAUCCUCAUGAGGACGACAAAUUGAGCGGUGACAUGCGUGAGCUGUACGAUCGGUUACAGCCGACAAAGGAGAAUACGCAGCGGAGGGACAAUUUUGUCAAGAAGCUCCAAAAUAUUCUCGAGAUUGAAUUCCCUGGAAACGAGUUCAAGGUGCACGUAUUUGGCUCGUCGGGGAAUCAGCUGUACACAAGCGAAAGUGAUGAUGGCAUGGAGAAAGUUGUGUGCAUACCGCAAGCCAAGGUACGAAUCGUCAAAAUCUGGGACCCAGUUUUGAAGCUUUCGUGCGACAUGAAUGUAAACAACACGCCCGCGUUGGAAAACACGCGUAUGAUCAAGACCUACGUUCAGAUAGACGAUCGCGUCCGACCUUUGGCAAUGAUCAUCAAGCACUGGACCAAACAGCGGAUAUUGAACGACGCUGCACUUGGAGGCACUAUUAGCUCCUACACUUGGAUAUGCAUGAUCUUGAACUUUCUUCAGACGCGCAAUCCGCCAGUCUUGCCCGCACUUCACACCCUCCCCCAUCGGGCAGUCGACAAGGCAACAGGCAAGCCUUCGCACUCCGACUUCGCCGAUGAUUUGGAAGCAUUGAAGGGCUUUGGUAAAAAGAACACCGAGUCGCUGGGUCAGCUCCUGUUCCAGUUCUUUCGCCACUAUGGGCAUGAAGUCGAUUACGAGAAAUACGUUGUGUCCGUACGAGAGGGACGUUUACUCACUCGCUACGAGAAGAACUGGCACCGGGCUGGUCUUCAGAAGGAGGCUAGGAACCGCCUUUGCGUCGAGGAGCCCUUCAAUACCGAUCGAAACCUAGGCAAUUCGGCAGAUGAAUUUGCCUGGCGUGGUAUUCACCUGGAGAUUCGGCGGGCAUUCGACUUCCUCUCCGAUGGCCAGCAGCUGGGAACGGCAUGCGAGCAAUUUGAGUUUCCACCUGCGCCUCCUCCGGAAGAAAGACCACGGCCUCCAAAAUCGACGGCUCCAAAGGUUACCUUAGCACCAAGUGUGCCCAAUAAUCGCAACGGUCGCAAUCAGGGUAAUCAUCGCGGUGGGCGUGGCGGCAUGAACAACAAGGGAGGCGGGUACGGACGACGAUCAUCAAGUGGAGCCGCGUUCAACCGUCCGCCACUGCUGCACAGUCCUCCAAUCGGCGCGAUGGCAGCUCAGCAAGAGUACGGCUUCCCACAAGGGCUCAACGACCGGCUACACGAUCAACUGAUUCAGCAAUAUCAAAUGCUAGAAAUACAGUCCAACUCGUUAAGGCAGCAGCUCGUCGCGCAGCAACGUGCACAGCAGGCACAUCAAGCACAGGCUGCGCAUAUGCAUGCACAAGCUCUAGCUCAAGCGCAAGCGCAGGCGCAACACAAUCGUGGACAUAGCAGCGCAAACGGGUCUCCGCAGAAGUCGCCGUACAUCAACGGUCGCUCCAGCCCCCGACUUGGCGAGGCUGGUAUCCCACCAAAUGCCAUGCCACAGGGCUUCCUUUACCACUACCCAGCAUUUUUCGACCCCUCGCAGCAAGGGUCAGCUGUCGCAGAUGGCCCCCGUACCAAUCCUUCUUCGCCUUCGCUUCCCCACAGCCUGCCUGGUCCACGGCGACAAGCACAUAGAGCGUCCAAUGCGAGCGAAACAGGAUCCAUGCGUUCACAAUCACAACCGGCACGAGGGAUGCCACAGAAUCCGGUCAUGGCUGGGUAUCCUCCCAUGCCGUACUUUGAUCCUUCUCUCGUCGCUGGGUACCCUAUCGCGCGCUCCACACCGGAAGCGCCAGGCUCGCAAGCAACCACAGACACGCCCUACAGCCCUGUUGUUGGCUACCCUGAAGCUGCGCCGUCAUCCGAGAGUAGCAUUCCUAGGGAGUAUGUUGGUUACUAUGUCGAUGAGCAAGCAACGCCGCGCUCUUUGCAAGACUAUGCAGUCCCCCAGAUUCCUUCAUUCAAUGAACUCGCACAGCGACGGAGGCGCGUGUCUUCCGAGAUCACACAACCGCUUCUCAACACUGCUCUGAGGCGCGUAUCGCGCUCACCGUCACCUCUCGGUGGUCACGUACGGAGCUAUUCGACGAAUGUGCCUCAUCCACUUAGUCAGACUGCCGAAGCCCGAAAGGACCGUACUGAUUCAGCGCGCCCUCCUGGUGAUAGUGGCCCUGUCAUUGUCAAUGGCUCUUUCCCGCAACAGCCACGUGAGGCGCGUUCCAGGAGCGACACGAUCGACUCUUUCCAAUCAAUCGAUACAGCCAGCUCCGCGAAUCUCGGUAUUUUCACGGACCAGGAUCAAUAUCGGAACGCCAGCCAUGAGCAACGGCAAGCAUUGGUUCUAGAGGAGAUGCAAAGACAGCGCGGUGACAAUGGCCAUGGUACUGCCUUCGCGAAUGGGUCGAUGAACGGUGUAUCGCCUGUCGACAUCAAUAGCUUGACGCGAGUACCAAGUGGCAACCAACAGUAUUACCCUAUGCUUCCAGAAGCGUGGAUGAACUACGAACUCGGGAAUGGUCGGCGGCCGAACCAGACUGAAGACAUUUCACCAACCAAGACGCAGCCCUCGCAGUGGCGGAAUGUGCCCUACAAUAACGGUCUUACGACGUUAGAUACUCUAAAUGCGCCACGGGCACCGCCGCAGGAGAUAAAGUCCGCCACAUUACCCUUGCUCUCCCCCGUUUUCGAGACAAGAACGCCUUCUCCGACCGUAAACCGACAAAUAGAAGCUGGUGGUAAGGCAGUCAACGGUGGCAAGAGUCAGUCCAAGGAGAAUAAUCACCAAGCCCGUCGAGCAUCACACUCCGUUGCGCAAACCUCUAAUCAUAAGGAGAACAACAAGCAACACCAGGCCAAAGGCGGUUCGCAGCCAAACGACAAGAAUAGCAAGGCGAAUGCAAGCAUCAACAACAACAGUUCGAACAACAAUUCGAACGCCUGGCAGCAGGGAUCCUCGCGGAACAAGAAGAGAAAAGGCAAGGGAGGGAACAAAUCGAACGAUACGAAGACGUCGGGCGAGCCACUACCAGCGAAUGCCGCCGACCGUAAAGGAGGCUAG